AUGGCCUCCACUCCGACUGGGCCUUCCCGGCCAUCGACGAAGGAGCUCCGCUUCAGGGAGUCGCUGGCGCUCUCCUCGGACGGCGAGGAUUCCCCCCGUUCCUACUGCGAGGUCCUUCAAAGCGGGACUCCCUCGGUGCAUUCCAUGGAGGUGGAGGUGGAGGGCUCUCCACGCCCGCAAGGUGUUCGACGCCUAGCCUCUGUCGUCAUGUCGGCUGAGACGGCGGCUGCUGGGGGUCUGGAGGACCUUGAUGGCAGGCGGUGGCUACCUGCUGGGAAGCUGCGCAAGCGUCGCCGCAACAUGGCGCCUCUCCCGACGACGGUGGUCAGGGAGGAGCUCGCCAACCUCGCCGGGCGUUGCUUCAAUCGCCUGGCCGAGGACCACGUGGAUGCGUUGUGCCCUAACGCGACGAGGCUAGGCUUGGCCCUCGCGUGGCCGAGGAUCCUCGGUCGGCGCCGGCUCCCCGCACGGCUCGCCAGGCUGCGCCUGCAGUCCCCACGGUCCCGCUGCCCGGCAGGCUGCUGCUCGCCGCGCCCUGCCGGCUGCGCCCGCUCCCUGCUGGUCGCGGCCGCUGCGAACCCCAGGCCGGGCUUGGCCUUGCUCGUGCGCCUGGUUCCGCGGGUCGUGGAUGAGAAGGCCCCUGCGCCCGCUCCCGGGCAGGCCCCUGGCCAGGCUCCCACGCCUGCCCCUGCGCCGUUGACUGUCUCGUCCCCGGCACUGACCGCGGCGCCACCUCCACUGGCGACGGCGCGCGAGGCUGUGGACUCUUUGCCUCUAGGGGCAGCCUCGCUGCGCCCACGCGUGGGGAUUUGCAUCAUUCCAAGGAGCCCGGAGCUGGAGGCGGAGGAGCGUGCCCUCCAGUGGAGCGCGGUGGUCUUGGUCACUGGCGUGCGGUCGCGUCUUGCUCUCACGGCGGUGGGCCGGGUGAUCGCUAGUCGCUUCCCUGAGCUGGAUGGUUGCUACUCGACCCACAGGAUCUGGCCAGAUGGCCUUCUGGUGAUCUUCAACUCGAGAGGGGCGUGUGACGCCGUUCUGGCCACCGGGUCGAUCGACGGUCGCGGGUUUUUCCUGAGAUUCUCCGCCUGGAACCGCUUCUGCCAGGCUGUCGGGCGCACGACGUCUUUCCGUGUGCACUUGGAGAUUGAAGGUGUGCCGCCGCAUGCGUGGAGCUCCAGCACAGCCGCGGCAAUUCUUGGGCCGGCCUGUGCUGUCGAGCGGGUGGGCUCGAACAACGCUGGGAGGGAGGACCAUGGGCGCUUUGAUGUGUACGCGUGGACGUCGGACCCCUGCCUCAUUCCGCGUGAGACAUGGCUCCAAAUCCCGGAGGCACCGGUUUUGGAAGAUGACGCGGAGGAUGACCUGGUUGUGCCGCCAGAGUUGUUGAUCCCUUUGGAGGUUCGCUUGCUGGAGUACAAUGUGCUCGUCCAUCUCCUGCGGGUGGAGGACGCCACGUCGUCUUCGGAUGGGCCAUCCUCCGAUGAGUGGCCAUCCGACGGUGGGGUUGGCGGUCACAAUGGUGAUUCGGGCAGGGGCUACGGUGACCAACAGCCUGCACGGGGCACGCGGCAAAACUUCUUCAGCUACUCCCGAGGCCGUGUGGAUGAGGAUGACUUUGGUGAUCAUCCGGGUGGCUCUCGGCGCCGGUCGAUGGGCGGCCAUGUCGCUCUUGGGCGGUCGUCCACCCUCUCGGCGGAGGCACCGGAGUUCCGGCCGGCGUCGUCGUGUUUGUCGCGGGUGCCGGAUCCUAUGCUGGAGUGGCUGCCUUCUCCCACUUGGGCUGCCGAUAGGUGGGAUCCGAUGCGGAUGGAGGUGGUCUCCCCACCCUCCAGCCCAUCCUUGGUGGGCUCUUCUCUGGACUUGCCGCCGAUCAACUUUGAGGAGGUGUCGUUCGAGGAGGUGCGCUCACAGGAGGACUCUUCCCUUUCGGUCGAGGGGUGGGUUCUGAGCACCUUCACGGUAUGUUUGUCGGACGUUGCUCUGCCUUCCCCGGUGAGGUGGGUCUCCAACGUGGAGCCCACUGCUACGGCCUCCUGUGAGGUUGAGGCUUUCCGUACGAGAGUACGACGCAAGACUUCCCUUGUCCUUGCCAGGCCGGUGCAUCGGCGUCCUAGGAGGAAGGUGGUACAACAUUAUUCGCCGCGGCGCAGCAAGCGGUUGGCCGGACAGGGGACGGCUUCGGUGGGCACUAAGAGGCAGCAGCGGGUGCUUAUGCACAAGUUGGGAGUGAAGCGUGAGGGCGACAAGAUUGGAGAGGAGGCGCUCCAGUCCUAUAUCCAGCUUUUCGACCGAUUACUUUCACCUGAGCACAUCACGGCGAUUCUCUCGCUCUUUGGCUGGGAGAACACGGCCCUCCCUCUUGAGGAAGGGAGUGGGGUGGAGGUGCUAGAAUAGCCUGCUGGCUAUCUUCUAGCCGUGGUGGUGGUUGGUGGAGUUCCUUAUGGCUGAUACAAAUGUUAGUAUCUUGGUGUGGAAUGUGCGUGGUCUGAACUCUAGGGCCAAGCGCAUUGCUGUUAGACAGGUGGUCGCUUCUUCGGGAGCUUGUAUUAUUGGGUUACAGGAGACUAAAUUGAGUGUGGUUUCGAGGUAUUUGCUCGAUGAGUGG